AUGGGAAAUUUGCCAACUGAUCGAGUCACAGCAACGCGUCCUUUUUUGAUUUCAGGUGUUGAUUUUUGUGGUCCCAUGUAUACAACAUUAAAAAUACGUGGUCGACCACCAGUUAAAACAUAUGUUGCCGUUUUCGUUUGCUUCACGUCUAAGGCUGUACAUUUUGAACUAGUCUCUGAUUUAACUUCUAAUUGUUUUAUUCUUUGUCUUAAAAGGUUCGUGGGACGGAGAGGAUUGCCAGAGCGAAUUCACUGCGACAACGCAACGAAUUUCGUGGAAGCCUGCCGAGAGCUGAAAGAACUGCAACAAACGUUCAAAGUACAGAAAGACCAGCUGGUGUCAUAUGCUGCACAAGAGGGAAUCGAGUUUGUCUUCAUACCACCUCGCGCACCACAUUUCGGAGGAUUGUGGGAAGCCGCCGUCAAGUCCGCGAAACAUCUAUUACUUCGAACAGCGGGCAGCGCAAUGCUAACCAACGAGGAACUGCAAACAUUGGUAAUUCAGGUGGAAGCCGUUCUCAAUUCAAGACCAAUCGAACCUCUCAGUCAAGAUGCAAACGACGGUCAAACACUAACACCAGUACAUCUACUAAUAGGGGAUUCUCUGCGCACGCUGCCGCAAGAAUCAACGGUCGACGUGCAAAAUAGCAAUCUGAAUUAUGCGCGGAGAUGGUGGCUGCUACGUGAAAUCAAAUGCAGAUUUUGGCGGGCCUGGUCCAAGGACUAUAUCCUCAACUUGCAAACAAAAACCAAAUGGAUCUUGGAUCAGCCGAACGUAGCAGUCGGGCGUCUCGUCGUUGUCCACGAAGACAAUCUUCCCCCUCACCAAUGGUUGAUCGGCAGGGUUCAAGGUACGGUAGUCGGGAGCGACGGCAGGGUACGAGUUGCAGACGUUAGAACAAACAAUGGAGUCAUAAGAAGGCCAAUUCACAAAUUGGGGUUGCUUCCAACUUGA